GCGAUCCACCAUACUAUAACAGAAGAAGAACUCACAAUGGGAACUCGUUUGAAGGUCCUGAGCGUGUUUAAAAAGCUGCACAGGACGAGGGUUGAUGUUUUCAAAGAUGAUACAAGAGCUCUGACAGCUGCGCGGUUUAAGAUCAACGAGGAGUUCAAGAAGAACAAAAAUGAAACAUCAGAAGAAAACAUUGAGAAGAUGAUUAAAAUGGGCUCAGAUGUGGAAGCUGUUCUUCGUGAGACAGUGCUGCAAGUGGAGCAUGUUGAAGAAAACAAGCUCUUGCUUCGACCCAGAGACGGUCUCCUCCUGGAAAAUGUGCCGUAUUGUGAUGAACCCAGGAAAAAAUCAUGAUCCUAUUUAUUUAUUUUUGUGCAUCAGCAAAGAGACAUUUAUCCAUCACUUCCACCUACGGUUAAAUGGAUACGACGAAACUGUUUAAUGUUGUGAUGACCUCCUAGACGAAUCUAGUUUGGCUUGAAAAGAAAUGUGCCAUAAACUUGAUUCCAUUAUUUUCUGUACAGUAUUUCAUUAAAUGUUUUCAGAUUUGUUCUGGUAUGCUUUAAGGUGCUUGUAAUAAAUGCAAACUGGUGCAAAACUAAAUUUCUGAUACUGGAAAAUUGCAUAUGAU